CGACCCCCACCCCACCCGACCCCGCCUCACCCACACCCCACCGCUUGGAAAUGCACCGGGGACCCGCCAAACCGGCAGGUGUUGUCUCUCCACUGUAUAAUUUUGUCCAUAGUCCCUCAGGGUUAACUGAUUCGCAGUUUUUGAUUCAAUAACUCAAAUUUGCGCCUCAGUUGAGGAAUUCCCCGAGUUUGGAGGGACACUCCGCGCAACGAGAGCGGGGGCGGUGGACGGCAACCUUCAGUCUGUCGGCUUUGCCUGAAAUUCAUCAGAGGACUUCGUUUCGGGGGACCUUGCAGGGUCAUGGGGGCAUUAAUGGAAAGUGGAUAGGCGGAGAGCAAAGGGGCUUGACACUCCAGCCUGUCUUUUUUGACUCUUUCCCUGAUAUUCUCCGGUGCAACGCCACCGACCUGCCAUCUAGAGCCGCCCGUAACCUCUCCAGUCUCGGGCGCGUCAGUCUGCGCCGAUGGAGCGGUUACUCCUUUGGUCAACUUGGAUGUCGUUUCUGGGCCCCUCAUCAAUAUUAGUCCACCUGUUUUGGUGAACAGAAGAGAAUAAAAAAGACUGGAAAGAAGGAAGGACAGAAAGACACGUGGGGUUUCCGAGGCGCACUGUCGGAUCCGGUUUUGAUGCGCGCAGGUGUCCAAUUCAUCGUCUCAUUUUUUCCUCUUUUCAAGCUACUACCUUACAGAGUUCUGCGCAAAACUAAAAAUGUUCAAGAGGAAGGCGUUCAGCCGAAGUGCUUUGAACACAGGAAUGCUCCUGGUCGGAUAUUGGCGCUGGGUUUAAGGGGGGGAAUCACUCGGAUAUCAUCCUCUCCAGCGGAGGCUUUGGCUCUGGAGUUACGGAGAGCAGCGGAGAAGAAUUUGAAAGUAGCUCUUAUAUUUACGGAUUAGCAGGAUUUUUCUUCUCCUGAAACACUGUGGACGCGCUCUUCUUUGAUGUCUGAAAAGACCGUUGCGUUGACAUGACGAGCGAGGAGGAGGAGGGCCCCAGCGUUGCAACAACACCGUCAGCGGCAACAAUCUCCAAGGUAGCAGCAGCAGCCAUAGCCAGGGGCAAUAGCAAUGAUGUCGUCACUUCCUCCUCCCCCCGCAGGCCCUCCCCGCACCGCCUCCCAUGUCCCAAGAAAAAGGAGGAGAAAGAGGAGGAAAUAGAGGAAGGGAUUAUUCACGAAGAGAGGAUUGAGAAGGAGGAGGAGGAGGAGGAGGAGGGGAUGGUGGUGUGUGAGGGGGAUGAUGAAGAAGAUAAUGAGGACGGCAGCAGUGAUACCAGUGUGUUGGUUGUGCCCUACCCUGAGCUGGCUCCUGUGGUCUUCUUCUGCCUCAAGCAGACAACGUGUCCUCGUAGCUGGUGCAUCCGCAUGGUCUCCAGCCCGUGGUUCGAACGUGUGAGUAUGAUGGUGAUCUUGUUGAACUGCGUCACCCUGGGAAUGUACCAGCCCUGCGAGAACAUCGACUGCUCUUCAGACCGAUGCCAAAUACUACAGGCUUUUGAUGCAUUCAUCUACAUCUUCUUUGCAAUGGAGAUGGUUAUAAAGAUGAUGGCCCUGGGAAUCUUUGGUCAGCGCUGUUACCUCGGGGACACUUGGAACCGACUGGAUUUCUUUAUCGUCAUGGCAGGGAUGAUUGAAUACUCGCUGGACCUGCAGAACGUCAACUUCACCGCCAUCAGAACAGUGAGGGUACUGCGGCCUCUCAAAGCAAUCAACAGGGUUCCAAGCAUGCGCAUCCUCGUGAACCUGCUGCUGGACACUCUGCCCAUGCUGGGCAACGUCCUCCUCCUCUGCUUCUUCGUCUUCUUCAUCUUUGGAAUCAUCGGCGUGCAGCUGUGGGCGGGGCUACUGAGGAACCGCUGCUACCCGGAGGACAACUUCACACUCACUACGGGUAUCAGUCUUCCUCGGCCCUACUACAUGGCUGACGAAGAUGACGAGCGCCCCUUCAUCUGCUCCCUGCCAGUCGACAACGGCAUCAUGUCCUGCACCGACGUGCCGGCCCGCCGCGAGGGAGGCAGGACGUGCUGCCUGGACAAAGACGACGCGCUGUACCGCCAGUCGUUGGGCCUGAGCCCCGAGCCUCUGGCCAAUGGCAGCGUCAGUGUAGCAGGGCUCUGUGUGAACUGGAACCAGUACUACACCAGGUGUCAUACCGGGUACAGCAACCCCCACAAAGGAGCCAUCAACUUUGACAACAUUGCCUUUGCCUGGAUUGUAAUCUUCCAGGUGAUCACUCUGGAAGGCUGGGUGGAGAUCAUGUACUAUGUGAUGGAUGCCCAUUCCUUCUACAACUUCAUCUACUUCAUUCUGCUGAUUAUUAUUGGUUCCUUCUUCAUGAUCAACCUGUGCCUCGUGGUCAUCGCCACCCAGUUCUCGGAGACGAAGCAGAGGGAGCACCAGCUGAUGCAGGAGCAGCGAGCGCGGUGCUCGUCCUCCUCCACCCUGGCCAGUGAACCGGGGGACUGCUAUGAGGCACUCUUUCAGCUGGUCUGCCACAUCCUCCGCAAGGCCAGGAGACAAACGGUCGCCCUCUUCAACACCCUGCGGGGCAAACCUCGCGGCUUUCGGGGCGUCGGAAGAGGUAGAGGAGGAGGAGAGGGAAGGGAGAGGAAGGCCAAUGGGAGGGGAGGACGUGAGAGGAAAGCAGUGAUGAGGCGUGGUCCACCCUGUCCCCAUCAUAAUAAGCCUGAGCACGCCUCAGCAAUGUCCCUCACCCCCGCCUCGGCCACCGACGGCUGCCCUCAGUGUGCCCUGUCACUCGCUGACGGCGUGGGACCAGCAUGCAGUGCAGUAAACGAUGAAGCGGAGGAGGAAGCUGUGGAGGAAACGGACGGGGAGGGGGUACACUCUGGUAGUGAGGAGAAGGGCAAGAAAGGCCAGGAGGGUGCAGGGAGACAUGGGGGCUGUACUCCUAAGAGCUGUAAGGAGCUGUGGCACGAUGUUAGGAUGAAGCUGUGGGGAAUCGUUGAGAGCAAGUACUUCAACCGAGGCAUCAUGAUCGCCAUCCUGAUCAACACCAUCAGCAUGGGCAUCGAGCACCACGAGCAGCCAGAAGAGCUCACGAAUGUUCUGGAAAUCUGCAACAUCGUCUUCACCAGUAUGUUCUCCCUGGAGAUGAUCCUCAAGCUCACUGCAUUUGGCUCCUUUAACUACCUGAGAAACCCCUACAACGUCUUUGAUGGAAUCAUCGUCAUCAUAAGUGUCUGUGAGAUUGUAGGACAGUCCGACGGCGGUUUGUCUGUGCUAAGGACGUUCAGACUGCUCAGGGUACUGAAGCUGGUAAGGUUCAUGCCAGCUUUGAGGAGACAGCUGGUGGUCCUCAUGAAGACCAUGGACAAUGUGGCCACCUUCUGCAUGCUGCUCAUGCUCUUCAUCUUCAUCUUUAGUAUUCUGGGAAUGCACAUCUUUGGCUGCAAGUUCAGUCUCAAGACCGAUACCGGUGACACAGUACCAGACAGGAAGAAUUUUGACUCGCUGCUCUGGGCCAUUGUCACUGUGUUUCAGAUACUGACCCAGGAGGACUGGAACGCUGUUUUGUACAACGGGAUGGCAGCCACUUCACCACUUGCUGCUCUUUACUUUGUGGCCCUCAUGACUUUUGGCAACUAUGUCCUCUUCAACCUGCUGGUAGCCAUCUUGGUUGAAGGCUUUCAGGCAGAGGGUGAUGCCAAUCGCUCUUAUUCUGAUGACGACCACUCCUCCUUUGACGAGAGCGAGAAGCACGACUCCAUAAAGUUGUCUGACUCAAGGAUCUGCACGCUGACACCCAACGGCCACCUGGAGCUGGGGGCCCUUUCGGGGCCCAGGGGAUCCAACUCCUCAGAGAGGCGGAGCUUCGCCAUUGAUUCUGGAAAGAGCAGCGUGAUGAGUCUGGGAAAGAGCAGCCUGGAGAGACGCUCCCUCUCUCUGCGUCAUGCUCGCAGUUCCAACUACCACAACUGGGGGCGCCCUUUGCUUCCGCAGUCGCAAUGGAGCCGCAGGUCUAGCUCAAACAGUCUGGGCCGGAGGAGCUACGGGUUUGGUGGGGCUCCUCUGGUAGGAGGCAGCCUCCGUGUGCACAGCACCCGCUCGCCCUACUCCUACACUUGUGCGGCCGAGCAGGAGUCCCUUCUCUCCCACCCACCCCAUUCACAUCAUAAUCUACCCCCUCAUCAUCCACCCCCACUGUUUCUGUCUAGACAUUUCGCUGCGAGGAGGGAUCGACGGGCUCUUUCCCUGGAGCUGCCGGAGCUACUUCGAGCGGGCGGACCGCCCCCGGGCCUUCCCCCUGCUCAGCCAGACCCCGGGAGGAGGAGUGGGUCCGGGGCAGGGGGAUCCAUCACUGGGGGGUCUGCCGCUGGCAGUGGUUUGGGAGUGUACCACCGGGAUUGUAAUGGCAAGGCAUGGGGUCCCCACACUAAGCUAAUGUCUGAGGUUUUCCCUCAAGUCAAUGCACGCAAGGACAGAACAGACCUCGAUGAAGAGACAGAUUAUAAUUUGUGUUUCCGUAUCCAGAAGAUGAUGGAGGUGUACAAGCCAGACUGGUGUGAAUCUAGAGAGGAGUGGUCCGUCUACUUGUUCUCCCCUCAGAACAAGUUCAGAGUGCUCUGCCAGUCAAUAAUCGCCCAUAAGCUCUUUGACUAUGUUGUCCUGGUCUUCAUCUUUCUCAACUGCAUCACAGUGGCUCUGGAGAGGCCAAAGAUAAUGCAAGGCAGCCUGGAAAGGCUGUUUCUCACCGUUUCCAACUACAUCUUCACUGCCAUCUUUGUUGCCGAGAUGACCGUCAAGGUGGUGUCUAUGGGUCUGUACCUGGGGGAGAAAGCCUAUCUGAGGAGCAGCUGGAACAUUCUCGAUGGUUUCCUGGUAUUCGUGUCUUUGAUUGACAUUGUGGUGUCGAUGGCUGGUGGGGCUAAGAUCUUGGGGGUUCUCCGUGUUCUCCGGUUGCUCAGGACACUACGCCCCCUCAGGGUGAUCAGCAGAGCUCCCGGACUGAAGCUGGUAGUCGAAACCCUCAUCACGUCCCUCAAGCCUAUCGGCAACAUUGUCCUCAUCUGCUGUGCCUUCUUCAUCAUCUUUGGUAUUCUUGGUGUUCAGCUCUUCAAAGGGAAGUUCUUCUACUGCGUGGGUUUCAAUGUGAAGAACAUCACUAACAAAUCCGACUGUCUAGCUGCCAACUAUCGAUGGGUUCACCACAAAUACAACUUUGACAACCUUGGACAGGCUCUAAUGUCCCUGUUUGUGCUGGCCUCAAAAGAUGGCUGGGUCAACAUCAUGUACCAUGGACUGGAUGCAGUGGGGAUCGACCAGCAGCCGUCGACCAACAACAAUCCGUGGAUGCUGCUGUACUUCAUCUCCUUCCUGUUGAUUGUCAGUUUCUUCGUCCUCAACAUGUUUGUGGGCGUUGUGGUAGAGAACUUCCACAAGUGUCGUCAGCACCAGGAGGUGGAGGAGGCCAAACGGCGGGAGGAGAAACGCCAGCGUCGCAUGGAGAAGAAGAGGAGAAAGGCCCAGAAGCUACCCUACUAUUCAUCAUACGGCAGAAUCCGGCUAGCUAUCCACAAUCUGUGUACCAGCCACUACCUGGACCUGGCCAUCACCUUUAUUAUCUGUAUCAAUGUCAUCACCAUGUCUCUGGAGCACUACAGCCAGCCACAGUCUCUGGAGACUACACUGAAGUACUGCAACUACUUCUUCACCUCCACGUUUGUGAUUGAGGCCUCUCUGAAGCUGGUAGCGUUUGGCUUUCGACGCUUCUUCAAGGACAGGUGGAACCAGUUGGACCUGGCAAUUGUGCUGCUGUCAGUAAUGGGCAUCACCCUGGAGGAGAUUGAGAUCAACGCCUCCCUUCCCAUCAACCCCACCAUCAUCAGGAUCAUGAGGGUACUCAGGAUAGCACGAGUGUUGAAGUUGUUGAAAAUGGCAACUGGGAUGAGAGCUCUGCUAGACACAGUGGUCCAGGCUCUGCCUCAGGUGGGGAACCUUGGUCUGCUCUUCAUGUUGCUGUUUUUCAUCUACGCAGCCCUGGGAGUGGAGCUGUUUGGAGAGCUGGUGUGUAACGCUGACUACCCCUGCGAAGGUAUGAGCCGACACGCCACCUUUGAAAACUUCGGCAUGGCCUUCCUCACACUCUUCCAGGUUUCCACCGGCGACAACUGGAACGGCAUCAUGAAGGACACACUGAGGGAGUGCCCGCCAGGUUAUCCGGCCACCGACUACGGCUGCCACGCCGGACUACAGUUCAUCUCCCCGAUGUAUUUUGUGUCCUUUGUGCUCACGGCUCAGUUUGUCCUGAUCAACGUGGUGGUGGCCGUGCUUAUGAAGCAUCUGGACGACUCCAAUAAAGAGGCGCAGGAGGACGCUGAGAUGGACGCCGAGCUGGAGCUAGAGCUGGCUCAAGGAGGUCUCUGUUGCAUGAUGGGGGGCAUUGGUGCCAUCGCCGGGGCCACUGGGGCCGCAGCCAGCGGCUCGGGCGUGGGUGGAGGAGGGUUUGCUGCAAUCACAGCGGGGACAGUCAGCGUUCCAAGCGGCGGGGUGAUGGUGCCGCUACGAGAUGGAGGAGGAGGAGAAGGCAUCGCGGGUCAUGAGGGACACACACACCAUCGAUGUCGUCUCUACUCUCCUGCUCAGGAGAGCCGGUGGCUGGACAGUGUGUCUCUGCUGAUUAAGGACUCGUUAGAAGGGGACAUGAUUGACAACCUCUCCGGGUCAGUUUUCCACCACUACUGCUCUCCUCCUGUCUGCAAGGACUGUAGGGGCCAUCCACAAGAGAUACAACUGGCCGAGGUGGAGCAGGCAUCUCUGAUGUCAGAGCAGCUGUCAGACAAGUCCUCGUCUCCGGCGCUCCCUGAUGACCUCAGCCUGGACGAACACAGCAGCUACCAGCUGCUCGUCAGAGAUGCCAAGAGAGGAAGCGGUGACUCCCAUAGUUCGGAGGAGUUGCCCACCCAGGGGGGCUACAGGGGGCUCCGUCCCCCUAGCUCAGGAAGCGAGUGUCGGGUCCAGGAGUUGAUUGAGUUGAAUAGUUUGUCGCUGGAGCAGCAAAUCCAGGCACAUUGCUCAGACGAAGAUAGAGGAAGUUGUAGUGGAGGUGGCGGCAGUUCCUCACCCGUAUUCCACCUUCCGGUAGAUUUCUUCCACCCAGCUGCUGCGGCCAGUCCUGGGAACGGUGUCAGCCCUGUAGACAGAGGGCUGUCCAGGUUGCCCUCCCCAGCCUCCUGGGCCUCUCUUCGCUCACCCGGAGCAAACAGCAGGCCCCUGAGCUUUCAGCACCCGUCCCACAGUGACUCCUCCCUGGCCACAGGCAGUUCAGAGGGCAGCCUGCAGACCACUCUAGAGGAAGGGCUCAGCUUCAGUGUGUCCCCAUCUCGAGAUCUGGAACUUCCCAGCCACCCCUCACACCCCCGGGCACCGGCCACAGGAGACCAGGGGCGGCCUUUACUAAAGAGACGCAGUACUACUUUUACCCUUCAAGCCACCAGGGGGCAUCAGAGAAGCCAGAGCAGCAGCUGCGGCGGCGGCAGCACCAGUUCCGGCUGCCCCCGGCAGGACUCCAUGGACCCUUCGGAUGAGGACGUGGGCACGGGGACGGUUGGGGACGGCUGCCGCCAGACCCUGAGCAGCGAGCCCUUGUUAGAAACAUUAAACAGCGUCUCGCUGACGUCGCUGCUCACCCCAGCCUCACUGGCACCCCCGCCGGUGAAGAAAUGCAACAGCACAGGCUCCUUGGACCAAACCAGUUUAUCUGCCCGGAGUAAAGACAGCCGCCACCUCUGCGGCAUUGAUGCCCAUGGUUACUUGUCCAACCCCUGGAUGGAGGGAACGGCGAGUGGCGGGGAGGAGGACGGUGAUAUCACAGGCUUCAGCAACCGGCCCACAGACACGAGUUCCAGGAAAAAUAGAUGAAACACUUGUUCCCUCUCUUGUAGUGGAGCUCAUAAAUCAUUUGCAUUUCUGGAACCUUGAACAGAACAGAACAGGAAAAGACUGAACACAUGACCUGUGAACCCUGAUUCUGAAAUGUUCUCAUGUCCUUGAGUCGUCUGUUCUCUCUCUCUUUCCCCCUCGGAUCUGGCUGCUCGGGAUCAGUCUUUACUCAAAAGUACACAGUUGCUUCUGAGUUUUGACAUCCUCUCUUUUCCGCGGGAUAUGCGUUCGCUUUUUGAAAGUACUUUAACGAUAGUGACAAGGGGCUUAGCCUUUUAACAUAGCCAGGAUUCAGCCCUGAAAGAUGUGACAGUCCUGGGCUUUACAUGUGAGCCAUGGUGAAAUCCAGAAUAUUUGGAAGGUCAUUAAAGAGACAGGCUUGUUGACAUGUAAUGAUAUUUAUAUGAAAACUUUAAUUUAAAAAAAAAAUGCUUGCCCUCAACUUUGUUCAGAUUGCAACAUUGGACAAAUGGCAAACACUGCAGCUUCUUUUGAGGAAGAACUGACCUUUGUACAGUUUGUUUUGUAAUAACAAUUGCUAACAGUAGCAUCGACCAACCUUUUUUCCUCUUUAGCAAAUUCAGUGGGUAACAGAGAAUUGAAAGGUUGUAUUUGUUUUUUUGUUCUGUGUUCUUUUUCAACUUCAAUGUAUUGAAGUUGUGUGAAUGUAGACAUGUCUGUCUCCGUUUGUGAGGGAGAGGGAGACCAGGGCAGGCAAAGGAGCCUGGCUAGUCUGAAAAUUGACAAAGGGCCUCUUUGAAUAGACGGCUGGAUCUGUGACUGCUGCUGAGAAUACAUGUGGGUUGUCAGUGGAAGCGUUAUACUGCCACUUUAAAGUGGACUUUGGGCUUUCUACAAACCCAUGAAAGGGCUAAAUGUAUUGAGUGCAGACCUGGGCCAAAACAUAUUGGAAAAUAAUCUUCAUUAUAAUAUAUAUAAAAGACAGAUGUGUCACUAAAAUUAACAUUGACUUGUAAAACUAUUGGGCGGAUUUCUCAGAAAACAUUUUAAAUUUCCUCAAAUAUGUAUUAUUAUCUAUAUAUUGUAUUACAGAUUAAAACAAAAUGAUAUGAAAUUAGGUAAUGAUACCCACCAGAUGAGCAGACUUUCUCAGCCCCUGCGACUGCUUUGUCUGUGUUAAAUGUGCAGUAGUGAUUCCUGCAGGUCAGAAAUAUAUUUUACAAGGCAAGGGAUGAAAAAGUAAUUCUAAAAACAAUAAUAUAUAUUAAUAUAACAAUAAUAUGAAUGGUAUGGGCUUUACAACAGUAGGAGACCGUUUGAUGUCAUCCGACUUGUCCCUCACACACCAACAGUGUCUACACUCAGUGGUUGAAUGGGACCAGUGUCAGCGAGCUCCGAGGUCUCCAAAGCACAACUCAGCGGCAGAUGUUAGAAGGUACUGAAGUUUAGUGUACAAAGUACAAUCUCAAGCAAAAGUUAUUAAAAAACAAGAGGCAAAAGACUUGAAGACUCAGAAGUACUCAGACAACUCCUCACCUUUUAGAAACUGGAAACAAUCAAAACAGUUCUUUUUUUUAAAGGUUUAAUAAUUUUACCUCUACCUGUAUAUUGUUUGGUUGUUUAACUUAUGACAAACAUCAGAUUUUUUAAACCGCAUAUGUUUUGUGUGCAGAAAUCUUAUUGUGGAAAGAAACUGACCUGAAGCUGGCCAAUCAACUAGCCCGACAUACUUUUUUUACUGGCCCGGCCCAUCGGGUCAUGGCUUUUGUCAAGCCCUCUCAAUUCCCUUGUUCAUUCACGGUCCUAAAGCUUAAUUUAUUGGGAACACGUUACUUGAAGGUAUCUUCAUAACAG